AUGGAUGCUGCAAGAAAUAUGGCGGGUCUUUCUUUAGAAAGAUUAAGAAAGUUAUCAUUAAGUUUACCGUCUAUGCCAAAGAAUAUUAAACUUUCCACAUUUCAAUUUUGGAGUAAUGAUGAUUGUGAUUUAGAUGGUCAAGAAGCUGCGGCUAUGAGUAGUAGUCGUGAUCUUCAAGACUUCCUGGUGGAGGCUCAGUUAGGACACUACUAUAAUGCAUUAAGAAAUGAGUUAAAGAUCACAUGUCUAGAUCAUUUGAAAUAUGUCAAAGAAGAAGACUUAGAAGCUGUAGGCAUGGCCAAACCAGAAAUGCGCAGACUAAAGAAAUUUUAUAAGAAAGAGUGUCCACAAGGAACUUUUGGAAAAUUACGGAAGAUUAUAUUGUUAUGUCAACUAAUGUCAGAAGUUGAAGGUCAGUUAUCACCAUAA